UGGACAUGGGAAGAGCUUUGACGCACACUCUGGUACUGUCCAUGGUGCUGGGCUGUUCAGCUGUCCUAAUGGAUCUCCUGCUGUCGAGCCCGGAGGAGCCAGUGGUAAAUGUGGCUGUGGUCUUCGGGGGCUCCUCGUACCCUCUGCACAUCCGCAGCCGGCUCACUCAUCAGAGCUUCCUGGACCUGCCUCUGGAGAUCCACCCGGUCACGGUGAUUGUGAACGACACCAACCCCAGCACCCUCUUGACCCAGAUCUGCAACAUCCUCACCAGCACCAAGCUCCACGGCAUUGUCUUUGAGGACAACAUCGGCACAGAGGCCGUGGCCCAGAUCCUGGACUUCAUAUCCUCCCAGACGCAGGUCCCCAUCAUCAGUAUCAGCGGGGGCUCUGCCGUGGUCCUGACUCCUAAGGAGACUGGCUCUGCCUUCCUGCAGCUGGGAGUCUCCCUGGAGCAGCAGAUCCAGGUGAUCUUCAAAAUCCUGGAGGAAUAUGACUGGGGCUCCUUCGCAGUCAUCACCAGCUUGUACCCAGGCUACAACAUCUUCGUGGACGUUAUCCGGUCCUUCACGGACGCCAGCUAUUUCGGCUGGGAGCUCCAGGAUGUCCUGACCUUUGAGAUGACCCAGGAUGGGAGUAACUCCAAAACCCAACGGCUGUUACGGCAAAUCGAUGCCCAGGUGAUGAUUGUGUACUGCUCGCGGGAGGAGGCUGUGUACCUCUUCCAGGUGGCGGAGCAGGCAGGCUUGGUCGGGCCCGGCUACAUUUGGAUUGUGCCUAGCCUGACGGUGGGGAACAUGGAGCUCCCGCCUGUCUCCUUCCCCAUCGGCCUCAUCAGCGUGGUGACGGAGAGCUGGAAGAUGAGCCUGAGGCAGAAGGUUCGGGAUGGUGUGGCCAUCAUCGCCAUGGGGGCUGAGAGCUACUUCAAGACCUAUGGGAACCUCCCAGAGGUGGGCAAGGACUGUAAGACGCCUCCUAGCACCGCCACCAACAACACGUUCUACAGGCACCUGCUGAAUGUGACAUGGGAGCACAGGGACUUCUCCUUCAAUGAAGGCGGCUACUUGGUGAGGCCCACCAUGGUGGUGAUCUCGCUGAACCGGCAUCGGCUCUGGGAGAUGGUGGGGAAAUGGGAGAAAGGGAUCAUCCACAUGAAGUACCCAGUGUGGCCCCGCUACGGCUCCUUCCUGCAGCCCGUGUCAGACAAUCGCCACCUCACCGUGGCCACCCUCGAAGAGAGGCCCUUUGUGAUCGUGGAGAACACUGACCCGGCCACUGGCGUCUGUGUGCGUAACACCGUCCCCUGCCGGAAGCAAACCAACACCACCGACAGUGGGGAAGGAGCGGUGGACCCCUACACCAAACUCUGCUGCAAGGGGUUCUGCAUCGAUAUCCUGAAGAAGUUGGCCAAGGCAGUGAAAUUCUCCUAUGACCUCUACCUGGUAACCAAUGGAAAACACGGGAAGAUCGUGCGUGGCAUCUGGAAUGGCAUGAUUGGAGAGGUGUACUACCAGCGAGCAGACAUGGCCAUCGGGUCCCUCACCAUCAACGAAGAGCGCUCUGAGAUCGUGGACUUCUCCGUGCCCUUCGUAGAGACCGGCAUUAGCGUCAUGGUGGCCAGGAGCAACGGGACCGUCUCGCCCUCUGCCUUCCUAGAGCCCUACAGCCCGGCGGUGUGGGUGAUGAUGUUCGUGAUGUGUCUCACGGUGGUCGCCAUCACGGUUUUCAUGUUCGAGUAUUUCAGCCCCGUCGGCUACAACCAGAAUCUAACCAGCGGCAAAAAGUCCGGGGGCCCCUCCUUCACCAUUGGCAAAUCCGUCUGGCUGCUCUGGGCCCUGGUCUUUAAUAACUCGGUGCCCAUUGAGAAUCCAAAAGGCACCACCAGUAAGAUCAUGGUGCUGAUCUGGGCCUUCUUUGCUGUGAUUUUCCUGGCCAGUUAUACCGCCAACCUGGCCGCCUUUAUGAUCCAGGAGCAAUAUAUCGACACCGUCUCUGGGCUGAGUGACAAGAAGUUCCAGAGGCCCCAGGAGCAGUAUCCCCCGUUCCGCUUUGGCACUGUCCCCAACGGCAGCACGGAGAGGAACAUUCGGAGCAACUAUCCAGACAUGCACACGCACAUGGUGAAAUACAACCAGCGCUCGGUAGAAGACGCCCUGACCAGCCUCAAAAUGGGGAAGCUGGAUGCCUUUAUCUACGAUGCUGCUGUGCUGAAUUACAUGGCUGGCAAGGACGAGGGCUGCAAGCUGGUGACUAUCGGCAGCGGGAAGGUCUUCGCUACCACUGGCUAUGGCAUUGCUCUCCAGAAAGAUUCCAAGUGGAAGAGAGCAAUUGACUUGGCCCUGCUGCAGUUCCUGGGAGACGGGGAAACCCAGAAGCUGGAGACUGUGUGGCUGUCGGGGAUCUGCCAGAACGAGAAGAAUGAGGUGAUGAGCAGCAAGCUAGACAUUGACAACAUGGCCGGAGUCUUCUACAUGCUGCUGGUGGCCAUGGGGUUGAGCCUACUGGUCUUUGCCUGGGAGCACCUGGUGUACUGGAAACUGCGCCACUCUGUCCCCAAAUCACACAAACUUGACUUCCUGCUGGCCAUAAGCCGGGGCAUUUACAGCUGUUUCAGCGGAGUCCAGAAUCUGGAGAGCCCUGUGCAAGUGCGCACCCCUGACAUCACCGCUAACUCCGCCCAAGCCAACGUGCUGAAGAUGCUGCAGGCCGCUAAGGACAUGGUGUCCACAGCCAGUGUGGGGAACUCCCUGGAGAACGCCACGCGUACCAUUGAGAACUGGACCAACCGGAGCGAAACCCUGCAGCCCACGUUCUCCCUUCGAACACCUCAGCUGGUGGUCCAGAACACCAGCGUGUCCAACAGCCCAGCCUGCUCCUCCAACAUGGCUGCCGCAGAGAAAGUCGGGCGGGUCUGUGCCCAGCGGGUUGCUCCACCACCCAUCUCUGAGCCCCAGCAGCCCUUUGUGGAUUCCAGGCUGCCAGCUAGUGACAACUGGAGGGCAGGAAACGAGCAGCCACCAGUACUUCACCCCCUAAAGCUUCGAGGAAGCUAUUCUGGGGAUAAAGCUCUUCCUGGUUCCACUGUGGGGGACUUUCCCCACCUCUUGGUGAGGACCAUGCCCCCAGCCCAUUUCAGGAGCCACGUGCCCUUGGGAAACCAUCUGAGCACUUCCCUCUCACCGCUGGAAACUCAAAGGGAGCUUCCCCUCCCGGACAUCUACAGAGAACAUAAGCACCCUGUGUCCAGGGGAGAGGGAAAGGAGAAGCUCUCCCCAAAUGUCCACCUGGUGUAUGGGGAAGGAGGACCCAGGGGCCCAGCCCCGCUGGCAAGACUGUUCUCCACUUCUAAGAAGAGCCCUUUCUUGCCUCCCGACUGUGCGCACAGCUCCUUCCUGACCACCAACAGGCCUUGCAGGCCCUUAGUGACUGUGUUCAAGGAAGCAGAACCCAUAGAGCUGCCCCUUCUGGGAAAGGAGAAGCUGAACAGGAGAGCCAACCUGCUGAGGUCCUCCUGGGAGCAGAAUGGGAAGCACCAUUCCCUAGGCAUCCGGCAAUACGACGGCAGGUCUUCCGCCCAAGGGGACCUACCAGAUCUCUUCCCCAAAGCUGGCAUGGCACUGAGGCCGGCACCAAUGCACUAUCCCACCGAAGCCCUCCGGCCCAGUGCGAUGUGCAACAGAAAACGCCUGGAGACAAACUCCAGGCUUUCUUGGAAAGGACAGCAGCUCCUGCACUCUCCGGCAGCGAGGCUGCCCUCCUACGGGGAGGCGUGCCUGCAGAACUCUAGCGGCAUGCACCGGGCCUCUUCCACUGUGGUGCACAAACAGUACGCCUACAUGAACUCCUAUACGAACCUGCCCAUGUACCUGGGACAGCUGUACCAGGGGCCUGCCCCACUCUGCGAACACUCCAGGGCCAGCCAGCCCUGUGUCGCUCGGGCUCCCUGGGCACCCAGGAGCAGGGACUACUUGGUCCACGAGGACAGCCGGAGGACCAUGUACUUCGACAGCGUGUACAGAGACUGUACAGAGCGAAACCGCGCAGAGCCGUCCUUCCUCCAGAUGGUCAGUGCCGAGAGGGGGGACCUGCUGGCAGCCCAGAGAAUGAGCAGUCCUUACGCUGCCCGGUCCUGGAGGCGAAUCUCUAGCUUGGAGUCCGAGGUGUGAGGGUAGAGAGGGGGGCAGGGUUAGGGCCGUUGCUACUUAGCGUCUAUCUGUGUUACUGCUCUCACCCGCCCUUUGGUGAUUCUGGGGUGACUCUUGAGGACUGAUCCCAUAGGGAGGCUCUAAAAUCUUAGUCCCUGGGUACCAGCAGGAAGAUCUUGUCCCAUUUCCUCUGCUACUGACGGACCAAAAAAAUAGCAAAGCAGCAGCUAUUUGAUACGGGGCACAAACCUAACUGUAGAAGGGACUUCCAUGUAUGAAUUCUGAAGUCUUCCAUUGCUGGGCACUGGGACCUAGCACGGGCUGUGUGGUGCGCUUGGCUGUGUCUUGUCCAAUUGAAAUGCUCACAGUCAUAUGUGGUCAACUAUAAAGUAUCCAGUAUGAUGUCAGUCCUUCAUUUCUGGUUCCAGUUAACUUGGGGGUCCAUGCCCAGAGCUCUGCUUUCUGUGAAAGGAUGGGGGACAUCUUCCAGCCCUGCUCCCCCCAAACUGUAACUCUCCUGCUUCUACAGUUGCACCACUUUAAAUGGUCUGCUAAUGAAUGGGGCUGCCUCGGGCACAGGAAGACCCGGGGUCCCUAAGAUAUUUUCAGUAGUUUCCUUCCCCUUUUGGUUUCUUAAAGCAAGACUCACAAUGCCAUGCCCAGGUCAUUAAAGAGACAUUUUAAAUCUUGCUUUUCUAAUUCUGCCAUCAUUCUGCACCAGACUCCGGGGUUGCCAAGGUUUCUUCUGUGCUCUAACACGCAGAGAGCUGCCUUCCAUCCCGAAGAUCU